GUGAUGUCAGAUUUCCUAGUUUGGCUGAGAAGGUGAUUGAACCGGAAUGGAGAGAAGAAGAAACACCAGACCUGGGGUUCUGCAGUGGACUCCCGCUCCGCUCUGGAUCUCACCUGCCACCUCUGUGACACCCGAGGAUUCCUGGGAAGAUGAAGAGGAAGAUCCAAAAGUGGAUGGUUUUGUUAAGCAGAUGGAUGAAAAUGGCAUCAUUGGGCUGUCAGAGGCACUGGAAGACCUGAAACUAGAGGAAGCUUGUGGUUACAGCGGUCCUUCCAUCACAGAGGAAGCGGUUCCUAGUGGAGGUGGUGGAUUAAAAGCCCGGACUGAGGAUUGGAUAGCGAGGCAGAGCGAGAAUGACCAUGGCAGGCAUUUCGUCAUGACGGAGGAAGAAGAUGAAGAUCACCAAGGGAGUAAAAUAACUAGAAAGAGAAAUGAAGUCCCUCACACAUCAGCAGAGCUAGAGGCUAGAGAAGGUUUGGCUAAUUGUAGGUUUGAUAGAAAUCCAUCUGAAAACUCCAACCCUGACCAUCUGGUAUCUGAGCCUGCAGUUACUGCCUCCUUUUUGCCUCAUCUUUACCGUUUCCCUGAGGAGGAACUGACUGCCGCUCUGGGAAUUGAAGCAGAAACCUUCCCAGACAUGGGCUUCACAGAAACAGACUCUUAUUGCAGUCAAGCAAGUGUGAAAUCAAGUCCCCGGUGUCCGGUGACAAAGCCCAGGGCUUCUCCUCUGCCCACAGAUGUAUUUUGUGAGGAAGUUGAGUUAAAGGAUAUUCCUAAAAGAGUGUUAGAAAAACAGAAAGCUGGACACUCCUCUGAAGCGACAUGUUCCCUUGGAGGAGCCAAGAAAGACUCUUUAAAACUCAAACAGCCGAGCAACGGUCCUGACAGAAAACAUCCUGCAGGAAUGAAUGAAUUCAGAGCAUCAACAAGUCGGCACACACCAGACUUCUCUAAGGUGGAACCCCGGGUUCAUUUCCCUAAACGUGGCUACAAUCCUCCAAGACGCAAGAGCUCAUUGACGAGGACCCCCGUGUCCGCCGAGCCCCCGAUGGUGUUUAAAUCCCCCGCCGACAUCGUUAAGGAAGUCCUGUUUAACGCGCCAACCGACGGGUCGUCCGCUUCCGCUGAUUCCAACGCACCAGCAGACGUUCCCAACUCCAUGGUCCCUCCAGAGUUCAUGUGUCCGCAACAGGCCAUGAUUCUGCUGCAGCAGCUUCAGGAAAACUACAAAAAACUGCUGACCAAGAACGCCGAGGCAGAGAACACCAUCGAUCGCCUCCGUCUGGAAGCCAAGGUGAACCUGUUCUCUGACCCUCCAAAGGCCGGUCACUUUGUGCAUUCUGGAACGAGUCAACAUGCUUCAAACCUCUUGAACCUUGACUUUUCCCCAGCUCAGAGGGCCCAUAUCUGCUCUCAUGGACAAAGUAGUCAGCAGGAAAAAGCAAAUCCCUCCCCAUCAACAUCCAGGUUGGGACAACAGCUCUCCAACCUCCUCUUCAGUCAGUCUGAGAAGUUCCUCCAGCAGCUCCAAACCUUUGAUGAUCUUCUAAAGCGUGAUAAACUAACAUCUUUUGAAAAGUUAAAGGGUAUUUCUCAGCUUUCUGAGGGGCUGAACUCUUUAGAGAGGGGCUUCCUUCUGGCUCGGGAUGAACACAAACUCCUGCAGCAAAGAGGAGCAGAAACCUGCAACUUUGAUCCUGAACGGUGA